AUGAGAUCUACUGCUACUGCUACUACUACUACUACUACUACUACUACUACUACUACUACUACUACUACUACUACUACUACUACUACUACUACUACUACUACUACUGCUACUACUGCUACUACUGCUACUACUACUACUACUACCACUACUACCACUACUACUACUACCACUACUACUACUACUACUACUACUACUACUACUACUACUACUACUACUAAGCCUACUAGAUAUGAUGAGCCUUCGACAAUCAUGAUGACUGAUGUUCGUUUCAUAAUUGUCAUCCAAUGA